AACUGGGGGGGACUGGGACAAACUGGGGGCGAUGGGGACGAACCGGGGGGGACGGGGACAAGACGGGGGACCGGGAUAAACGGGGGGGACGGGAAUAAACGGGAGGGGAACGAGCAGAAAGAGGGGGACAGGCAGAAAGGGAGGGGGGGACCUGCGUGGUGCGGGGCCACAUCCGCCACCCCCCGCUGUCCCCGCGCUGUCCCCCGGUGCCUUCGUCAGCGCCUCGCCCCGCCCGCUCUUGCGGCUUCUCUCUGUCCCCGCUGUCCCCCCCGGCGGUCCCCCCGGGAGAGGCGGGGAGGGGGCAGCACGGAGGAGGAGGAGGAGGAGGAGGAGGAGCGCGCAGAGGGAGGCGGGGGGGCAGGAAACCCUCCUGGAAGUAUGAAGGAGAUGGUGGGAGGCUGCUGUGUGUGUUCCGACGAGCGCGGCUGGGCGGAGAACCCGCUCGUCUACUGCGACGGCCACGGCUGCAAUGUGGCCGUGCACCAAGCUUGUUAUGGAAUUGUCCAGGUUCCCACCGGCCCCUGGUUCUGCCGGAAAUGUGAAUCCCAGGAAAGAGCCGCCCGAGUGAGGUGCGAGCUGUGUCCCCACAAGGAUGGAGCCCUGAAGCGCACGGACAAUGGGGGCUGGGCCCACGUGGUGUGUGCCCUAUACAUCCCCGAGGUGCAGUUUGCCAACGUGCUCACCAUGGAGCCCAUCGUGCUCCAGUACGUCCCCCACGACCGCUUCAACAAGACCUGCUACAUCUGCGAGGAGCAAGGGCGGGAGAGCAAGGCGGCCUCGGGGGCCUGCAUGGCCUGCAACCGUCACGGCUGCCGCCAGGCCUUCCAUGUCACCUGUGCACAGAUGGCCGGGCUCCUGUGUGAGGAGGAGGUGCUGGAGGUCGACAAUGUCAAAUACUGCGGCUACUGCAAAUACCACUUCAACAAAAUGAAGACCUCGCGCCAUUCCGGGACCAGCUCCUUUCUCCCGGGCAGGAGGAGCCGCUCAGCAUCCCCAGCCCAGGAAAAGCACCUGUCCCACCACGAGCGGCCAAAAAAGAGCCGCAAGGACAAGGAGAGGCCGAAGCAGAAGCACAAAAAGCGGCCGGAUUCCCCCAACAGCCUCCCCCCAGCACCUGUGGCCAUGGCUGCUGAGAAGGGCUCCAGCAGCCACCACGAGGCCACCAAGGAGAGCUCAGAGGUGGCCAGGGCAGAGGCCAAGGGCAGGAAAUCCUCGAGCCACGGCAGCAGCCACAAGGGCAAGAAGAUGGGAAGUGGGAAAAGCUCCGCAGGCUUUGGAUCUGCCCCAGCUGGAGGAACCUUCCAGACGGCCGGCUCCUCCUGCAGCCUGCCCGGCUCCCAGGACUUCGCGCCCUUCCCCAAGCUGGAGCAGGAGGAUGAGAAGUUCCGCAAGGCCACCAGCUCCAGCUCCUCCUCGCAUUGCUCGCCACUCUCUGAGGGCCCCAAGGCCGACGUCUUCGAGCAGAAGGUCAUCUUCUCCGGCUUCGGCUCUAUCAUGCGCUUCUCCACCUCAGCCGUGGGCCAGCCCCGAGCCCGCGACGCCUCACCCGUGGACUACAAAGCCUCCAGCACCCUUGGUGGCCCCGCGGGUGGCACGGGUGGCACGGCUGGCGCCGCCGGGAGCGGCCACAAGCGGAUGCCGUCGCUGGGCUCCGAGGAGGGAGAGGUGCUCAAGGAGAAGAAGCACAAGGGCAGCAAGAAGAACAAGCAUGGCCCUGGCAGGCCCAAGGCGGGCAAAGGCAAAGAGGUUUUGGGGGCCCAGCUGGCUGGGUCCACCUCCACCUCCUCCUCUCCCUUCUCCGGGGGAUCCCUCGUCAGCUCUAGCAUCGGGAAUUCUUCCCGGAGCUUCAGCCACCCCGGGAGUCUGCCCAGCCUCAGCAUGGAGUCGCCACUGCUGGGCUCAGGGAUCUACACGAGCAACAAGGACCCAAUCCCGCUGGGCGCGGCGCUGCGGGCGGUGUGCAGCACGCCGCUGCCCUCGGGGCUGCUCCCGCACCAGGGCGGCGCCGCCCUGCCCCAGCUCAGCCGGUCGCCCUUCGCCAGCUCCAUCCCCGCCUCCUCCUCCGCCGGAUCCACCACACAGGUGUUUUCCCUGGCGGGUUCCACCUUCAGCCUUCCUUCCUCGCACAUUUUUGGGAGCCCGCUGACGUCCGGGCUGUCCCUGAACCCCCUCCUCAGCCAGCCGGAGAGCAGCCGGGCAGAGCCCGACCUGGAGGACUGCGGCUUCGGCUGCCGAGGGACGUCCCCGCAGGAGAGCCUGUCCUCCAUGUCCCCCAUCAGCAGCCUGCCGACCCUCUUCGACCAGACCGUGUCGUGCAGCAGCAGCGGGCAGCUGGACAAUGUCCCGCAGGCCACCCCCAACAUCGAGCAACUCCUGGAGAAGCAGGGCAACGGCGAGGCCGGGGUGAACAUUGUGGAGAUGCUGAAGGCACUGCACUCGCUGCAGAAGGAGAACCAGCGGCUGCAGGAGCAGAUCAUGACGCUGACAGCCAAGAAGGAGCGGCUGCAGCUGCUCAAUGUCCAGCUGUCUGUCCCCUUCCCCGUAGUCACCAGCAGCAACGGCCCGGGCAGCCAGUCCCAGUACAUCCUGCCCGCCAAUGUCUGCGGCGGUGACUCCCUGAGCAUCAGCAAGAGCCCCCCGUGCAAGAAUAGCUUCGGCAUCGAGAACUCGCUCUCCACGUCCUCCGAGGACCCUCACUCGGGCUGUCCCAGCAGGAGCAGCUCCUCCCUGUCCUUCCACAGCACCCCCCCGCCCCUGCCCAUGCUGCAGCCCAGCCCCGCCUCGCUGCCGCUGCCCGGGGCGCAGCAGGUGAACGGCCUGGCCAGGGCGGCGGGCGGGGGGCUGGCCGGAGCCUCGGGGGGCAGCCACGGCCUCUCGGCGGUGCCCAUGGUGGACGGCCUGCUGGGCAGUCUGGCCGGAGCCCAGCAGAUGCCGCUCAACGGGAUCCUGGGGAGCCUGAACGGAGCGCAGCCCGCCCCGCCUCCGAGCGCGGCCCCGGCCCUGCAGCUCUCCACCAGCCUGAGCAGCGUGGCGAGCCUGAGCCCCCUGACGGAGCAGCAGCGGCACGUCCUGCAGCAGCACGAGCAGCAGCUGCAGCAGCUGCAGCAGCUCCUGACUUCCCAGCCGCUUAACCCGGAGCAGCAGGCGCUCGUGUUCCAGAUGAUGCAGCAGAUCCAGCAGAAGCGGGAGCUGCAGCGGCUGCAGAUGUCGGGCUCGUCCCAGCUGUCCCUGCUGGCUGCCACCUCGGCCCCGCUGCACCCCAGCCCCAGCGCGCUGCUGACCUCGGCCGCGCCCAGCGGGAGCUCCCUGCUGGCCUCGCUGUCCCCGCAGCAGCUGAACCCCGGCGGGGCCCUGCUGGCCCCCCAGGCCACCCCCCCGCUGGGCUCGGGGCCGGCCAUGGCCCCCAACCCCUUCCUGAGCCUGCAGCCUGACGGCAGCGCCCCGAAAGGAACGCCCCUGGGUGACAAGGGCGCUCCCCUGGCGCAGGACAAGGGCUAGGAGCCCGCCGGCCCCGAGCCCGCAGCCAAUCCUCUCCCGGGGACCGCGGCUUCCCCGCAGCACCAGCAGAGCCCGGAGCUCCAGAAAUGGCCCAGGAGGAGCCUCGGGAGCCACAGCGGCUGUCAUCACCCCAGUGCCACCAGGAGUGAAAGUGGGGUCACCUGUCCCCUGCUCCCUGUGCUGGAGGGGACUCCAGUGGAUCCUGCCAGGAGCGUGGGAAGCACCCACGGUACCAGAGACCCCCCAGAGCCUCGGGGAAGGACAUGGUGGCACCUGGAGGUGCCCAAGAAUAGGACUCAAUGUGGCACUGCCAGGGAAGGAUGUGGUGGCACCUGGAGGUGUCCAAGGAUGUGCACUGCUGGAGAAGGGACAUGGUGGCACCUGGCAAUGUCCCAAGAGCCAACACUGGAUGUUGCACUGCUGGGCAAGGAUGUGAUGUCACCUGGCGGUGUCCAAGGAUGUGGCCCUGGAUGUGGCACUGCCAAGAGAGGACGUGGUGGCCAUGCCCAGGUGGGGACAUCCAGAUGAAUUCCCAAGCUGAGGUUUCCCUGCUUUUCCCACUGGGCUUUGCUUCAGCUGGAAGAUGAUCCAGCCUGGAAAGACAGAUGGAUGAGGAUGGACAGAGGUGGGAAGGAGGUGGCACCACCUGGGAGGAUGUUGUCACCUGUGCCAGCUGCCGGAGGGGCGGGGCUGUCCUUCCCUCCUGGAAUUCCCAAAGGCCAACAUCUCAGCUGGGGCCACAGCUGGAAUUGUCCAAGGUCAGGAGCUCCUGGACCUGGGAGAGGAUUCCUGGACCAGAGUUUGGAGAUGAAAAUCUUUGUGGGGAGGAGAAUCCCAAAUGCGGUCCCUGCGUUUUCCCACCCACCACAAAUCAUUCCCACAAAACCACGUUCUUCCACUGGUCCUGGGAAGAGGGAUCUCCAAGGAAUGGGACAGUGACCACAGUCCUGAGCCUGAGAUGGCAGAAGUUCCAUUGUUCUCCACCUUUUGACCUUGAUUCCAUCUCCAGCCUGGAAUAUCCACUGGGGGUCGGCUUCCUCUGAGCUGGGAUGGAUAGGUGGAAGGAAGGAAGGAAGGAAGGAAGGAAGGAAGGAAGGAAGGAAGGAAGGAAGGAAGGAAGGAAGGAAGGAAGGAAGGAAGGAAGGAAGGAAGGACAGUUAGAGCAGUUCUGGGAAGGGGAACACCAACACCAAAUGCACCAAUGCCCCUUCCCUCAUCCCUAGUAAAUCCAGGGCUCCUGGGAAUGCUCCAGCUGACGGAAACUCCUUUGGGAGAGCCCCAAAUCCCAAAUUUUUGGACCUUCAUGCAUGUUUAGCACAUCCCCACUG